UGGCCGAAACGAUCCGAACGCACGUGUAUCCGUAAAGUACAUUUUAUGGAAUUAUUCGCGUUAUUCCAAUAACCUAGAAAACGCAUAAAAUGGGUACAGAUACAACUUAAAGACACACAUAACUCAUUUAAAAAGUAUAAAAUAUUAAUAAGCAGUGUCCCUCAAAUCGGACACAUCGCGCGCUACAUGAGUGUAAAUGUGACGUCACAGCAUCAACAACGAAGUGAAAAUUGACCAAUUUUGACUUCUGAUUACGUCGCCAUUUUGAAGAAAAUACAGAGAUCGGCGUUAGAGAAGUUGAGAUCAAUGUUUUAUCUCGAUAUAUGCAAGCAAUCACAGCUAUGUAGUUGAACUGAAGUCCUGAUGAUAGUUUCAUCCUGAACCUGGAAAUGCACAAACCAGUGGUGUCAUAAACGAGAAGACUGCAAUUUGUUGCAGAAUGGAAAAUGUGAAUAUCGGCAGCCUGGACCCUAGAAAACAAGAGCUCCUUGAGGCACGGUUUUAUGGUCGAUUUCAGCCCCUGAACCAGCCAACUAGUUUGCAGGGUUCUAUGAGCGCUGGAGUGGUGGGUGGAGUUGUAGGUGGCAUAGUUGGUGGUGUUCAAGUUGGUCUGCAACUUCCUAUGCAGGCAGCUGGCGACAACAACAGCAACCUCAGUGCAGGCUCCAUUGAUAAGGAGGACCAAGAAAUAGGACUGAUUCACACUCCAGAAAAGAGAACACCUUCAGAAAGGAAACGAAAACGAAAACCAACCAACAGUGAUAGCAACCCAGACGGCCUGCUUGCUGCAAAGACAAGACCAGAGGCAAACGGGAAGAAGAUAAACGAUUAUUUCAAUAAGACUGGUCAAUCCCCUAGUCGUAGUCAGUGUGUGUCCCAGGUAGGGGCAAAAUCUCCGUCACCACAAGGUGUUCAAUAUUCUUAUAUGUCGUCAUCUCCACAGAGUAGCAACUCCAACAGUAUGCACGGCUAUCCAGCCAUGUACCUCCUAUCCAAGGCUGUACAGAAUGGUAUGCAAGAGAAUUUGCAAAGUGGACAAUAUCUGACUGCAGAUCAGCAAACUGAAGUCGAGUUGAGCACGUCCAAUGAGAUUGAAGAAAAGAAUCAGAAAAUUGAAGAGCUCAAUCGGCAAAAUGAAGAGUUGCGGAGACAGUUGACAGCCCAGCAAAAACUGAUUGAGAAACAUAAAGACAAUUUACAAAAAUGCUUAAAUGUCAACAAGACACUUCUGAUAGAAAAGAGCUGUUUAGAAAAGAAGACAACACGGCAAAAAAGUAUGGAAAAUCGUUUGCGGCUUGGGCAGUUUGUGACGCAGAGACAAGGGGCAACCUUUGUAGAAAACUGGGUCGACGGCUGGGCCUUCAAUGAUGUGACGAAACAGCAGGAGCGUAUAGCCCAGGAGCGGGAGGAUAUUGAGAAGCAACGCAAGCUGCUGUUGAAGAGGAAACCCACCUCGACGCAAACCAAGACCUCCAAAGAUGGAUUCCUCAAGCCUGGCACUCUGCAGGAGAAAAUGUUUACGUUAUCGGAGUUCUAUGAACGUGAUGACAUCAUGAAACUUCGACAAGCGGCCUUGAAAAAGGAAGACGUGGACCUUCAGCUGGAGCUGGAGAAAUUGGAGCGAGAACGAAACCUUCAUAUACGAGAGCUGAAGCGCAUCCACAAUGAGGAUAGUUCCAGGUUUAAAGACCAUCCAAUCCUGAAUGAGAGAUAUUUGUUAUUAAAUCUGAUUGGCAAAGGAGGUUUCAGUGAAGUCCAUAAGGGAUUUGACCUGAAAGAGCAGAGAUAUGUAGCAUGCAAGAUUCACCAGUUGAACAGAGAAUGGAAAGAUGACAAAAAGGCAAACUAUAUCAAGCAUGCCUUGCGGGAAUACAAGAUUCACAAGAGCUUGGAUCAUCCAAGAAUAGUCAGACUAUAUGAUGUCUUUGAAAUAGAUAAUAAUUCAUUCUGUACGGUACUGGAGUACUGUGAGGGGAAUGAUCUGGACUUCUAUCUGAAGCAAAACAAAUGCAUCCCUGAGAAGGAGGCGCGGUCUAUAGUCUGUCAGACAGUCAGCGCGCUCAAGUAUCUCAAUGAAAUUAAGCCACCUGUGAUUCACUAUGAUUUAAAACCUGGUAAUAUAUUACUAGGACAUCCUGCCCAAAAUGGAUCUUCAUCAAUGACCGGUACGACGUCGGUGAGUGGUGAGAUCAAGAUCACGGACUUUGGUCUCAGCAAGAUCAUGGACGACGAGACCACUAAUCAUGAUGGCAUGGACCUCACUUCCCAGGGGGCAGGCACAUACUGGUACUUGCCUCCAGAAUGUUUUAUGGUGGGUAAAAACCCACCAAAAAUCUCGUCCAAAGUCGAUGUCUGGUCAGUGGGUGUGAUAUUCUACCAAUGUCUUUAUGGAAAAAAGCCUUUUGGCCACAACCUGUCACAGGCUGCUAUCCUAGAGGAGAACACGAUCCUGAAUGCAAAAGAGGUGGACUUUCCAUCCAAGCCACCAGUCACUCCAGAGGCCAAGAUGUUCAUACGAAAGUGUUUACAAUACAAGAAAGAGAUGCGCCCGGAUGUGCUGCUGCUAGCGCAAGAUGAUUAUCUCAAGCCAGCAGCAAUGAAAUCUAAAGGAGGGCAAGGGCAACCAGAGUACCAGAUGACAGGUCUCAGCCAGUCGUCGUCUGUGGUGAACAUCAGUCAGAUGUCCGGCAGCUCCGGCUCCAAUCACGCGCAGUCCCCGAGCUUCACAUUCGGCGACAAACACACGUAGCAUUAGAUGUGCGCCAAAUGCUGAUUUGGCUCCUGAAACAAUGACCUUGACUCUACCACAGAUGCUUCUGUGUGUAUGUGAUGUGCGUUCAGCUGAAAGUUGUGAUGGCGAAAUUCUGUAUCUGUACACAGUGUUUUCCCUACAGGAGUACUUUACUGUGGAUAUAAAUACAUUGUGAAAAAACCUUGUGUGAUAUGUUCGUUACUGCGGAUUAUUUCCAUUAGUUAUCUGGAAGUUAGUUCCAUCAUUCAGGUUUGAAUGUAAAUGGUGGAUGUGAUUGAUUUAUUGUAGUUUUUUUUUUCCCAUCAGUUCUGUGUUAAAGUACCGGGUAACGUAAUUUUUGCCUUCAACAGUUGGCAUUUAAUGGGGUCGAACAAUUUUUUUUUUCAUGCAAAUUAAUAUUAAACUUGGAUUGAAAUGCUAUGGACCUUUUUUGGAACAAUUCAUUUAAAGUGCUUCAGCUGUCUUUCUUUUGGGAUGAAUGAGUAACAGCUUAACUGGUAAUGAAUGAUUUCAGGUAGUAAAGGAUUGUUGGGAAUCUUUCAUUAACAAGUCUGGUUUGGCCAGAGUUGAAAAGUUUUAAGCAAGUUUUAUCUGAGAGGAGUGGCUGCUUUUAAAGCCUUGACCUUGAACUCUUUGCAAAGUUUAAUUGUUGCUAUUAUGACUGCUCUAGUAUUUUCAGUUUGAUAACAGUUGUGUGGCAUUCUAGGGAUUGUAAUAUGUGCUUUCAAAUUAUUUUUAUGCCCCCGGAUCGAAUGAUUGGGGGUAUUUAGUUUUUGGCCUUUCUGUCUGUCAUUUUAUGUGUCACAAACUUGACGCCUGGUCAUAACUUUUGCUAUAUUGAAGAUAGCAACUUGAUAUUUGGCUUGCAUGUGUAUCUCGUGGAGCUGCACAUUUUGAGUGGUGAAAGGUCAAGGUCAUCCUUCAAAGUCAAAGGUCAAAUAUAUGACUUCAAAGCGGCGCAGUAGGGGGCAUUGUGUUUCACAAACACAGCUCUUGUUUUCUAAUACAUUCUUUUUUCUGGGAUCAUGUGAUGAAUGCAAGUUAAUACAUUAAAUGAAAGCUGGAAGUUUCACUGGUAAUAUGUUAUUAUUACUUAGAUAAUUCGGUAAAUAACAGUUUAAACAUUAUGAACAAUCUGUUUGUUAAUACAUUAUGCGUAUUAUUUUGGUAUUAGCUAGGAGUGUGGAAUUUGUGCUUGAUAAUAAGUGUGAUGAAUUGAUCAUAUAAAAGUAUUGCUAUUAUUUGAAAUCCAUUUUCACAUUAAGAAGUUUAUUUUGUAUGCUAUAUACGAAAAGGAGAAUCAUAUUAAAUAAAAGGUACAUUUGCUGUUUAAACAAGCAAGUCAGAAUUAUUAUAUUUUUACUCGAGACCAAGAAAAUGUUACAAGCCAGCAUAUAUAAAAUUGAGAAUCUGAAAAAAGCCCCAAUUAAAAUUAACAAUUGUAAGGCUGGUGGGUUUGUAUUUUUUUUGUCACUGUAGAACUUCUUUUUUGUUCUGAUGAAAAUGAAUAGAUUAUAAUAAAUGUUAAAAAUAUUUCAAAAAGGAUAUUAACCCAUUUAUGCCUAGCGUCUAGUAAAAAGGCCUUGGCUAACAGCGUUGACCCAGAUGAUGGGCCGCAUGAUGCGGCGUCUCAUCAGGGUCUGCACUGUUUGCUUAAAGGAAUUUCUGUAAGAAAUAUUCUAAAUAUAGAAAUAAAUAUACUAGACAUCCCUAAUUUUGGAAAUAAAUUGAUCCAAUUUAGAAGGAUGGGAGAGUCCACUAGGCAAAAAUGGGUUAAUUCUGAUCAACAAGUAAACUACGUUAAUAAGUAAUUUGCUUGACUUAUUCAUCUGUUGGAUACCAAAAGGGCUUGUUAUUAGAAAUUGUGCAAAUACUAUCCGUAAUUCUGUGUCUUUGGGUCUUUGGGGUUAAUGAAGAACAAGGCAUUAUAGUGCCCUAAUAAUGUAUGUGUUGAAUGCAAGAUACUGGUUGUAUGAGUAAAAUGGUGGCUAGGUCUUGAAGUUUUGACAUUGUGAUUUAAGGAUAUAUUGGCAUAAUUAGACUAAAAGUCAUGAUAUGUUAGUUAUUUUUCCAUUCACUGUGAUUGUCUCGUUUAAAAACAAGUGCUACCAUUCCUCAUAUUCUUCCAUACAAUGUUGCUGUUGUCAUAUUCUUCAAUGUUUUCAAUUAAUGACUUGAUAAUCAAGUCCUCUGAUACUUUAUAAAUAUUUCUGAACAUUGAAAA